AUGGCUAGAAGUUCAAAGAUUAUUAUUUCCUAUAAUGGUAGAAGCACUCCCAAAUGUGGACACAGUCUUUCAAUGAAGAUGUUCGUUUCAAAGUCAGAUGCAAAUCCUGGUAGAAAAUAUUGGAAAUGUAGAUUUUGGGGGAAAGAAGAAGUCUGCCAGCUAUUUUAUUGGGAUGAUAAGUACUUUGGUUCUAUUGAUAGGAAGAGAAUUGAGGAAGGUGAUGAUGGUUGUAGUAGAUGUAAUGUCAUGAUAGAGCAUUUGAGAAAAUUUGGAAAAUAUUUUAGGAAAGAAUUUGGAAGAGGAUUUGGGACAAAACCGUGUUCUAAGGAGAUGGAAGAGAUGAGGAACAAGUUAGAGAACACAAGGAAGAAGCUGGCCUUUGUAGUUGUAGUUCUUAUUUGUUCUUGGGUUUAUUUUGUCAUUGUCUAA